UUUAAUGUGAAAACAACAAAGAGAUAGAACGCAUAAUUAGUAAUAAACAUAAUCUAUUUUACUAUUUAUUGAAAAUUGUUGAGUGAAAUCAGAUAAAAUGGCUGAUAAUUUUGGUAUUCACCGUGGUACACCGACACCACAAACCUCCAACGCAGCAAGAAUGCCCGUUCCACAGACAACAAACGCUGUCCCAGUCGCAGCAGCAGCAGCAGCAGCAGUAGCCGCAGGAGCAACAGCACCUGCAUCAGCAUCUACAGUAACCAGAACCACAGCCAGCGGUGGAACAGCAGCAAUCCAAGAUGAUCGCACACAAGGACAGGUUUUAAGCGAUUUUCUGCAUCAACUAGAAGAUUACACACCGACCAUCCCAGAUGCGGUUUCAGCCUAUUUCUGUCAAACAGCCGGAUUCGAAGCAUCCGAUCCACGGAUUGUCCGUUUGAUUUCAAUUUCUGCACAAAAAUUCAUCUCCGACGUUGCAAACGAUGCCCUUCAGCAUUGCAAAACCAGAACAAGUAAUGCCGGCUCGCACGCUUCAUCCAAAAACCAAAAGACACAGAACAAUAAAGAUCGCAAAUACACACUUACCAUGGAGGACUUGGCACCGGCUCUCAGUGACUAUGGCAUUACUGUUCGUAAGGCACACUACUUCGUCUAAGGUUAUCAACCAUCAAUGCGAUUAUCACACACCGCAGACGAUCUUACUCGUAUUUCUUAUGUUGAAAUUUUGAUUGAAGAAAUCGAGUCAAGGAUUUCAAAAUCGAUACAAAUUUAAUUCAUACAAUAAUAAAUCAUAAUCAAGAGAGGAAAAAAAGACACCGAA